CUGAAGCUACUGUAGCUCCAGUCAGGUGCUAACGUCAUCGUGAAAAUAACCCAUUGUACUCUCAGACAUAUUAUAUGUUUUCAUGCAUAAUAUCCUCAGGCUAAAAGAACAAAGAUGGACAGAAAGGACAUGGACAUGGCGAACGAAAAUCAAUUGGAGAUGCAGAAUUCGAAGCUAAAAAAAUCUUACGAAUUUGAUGACAUAUUAGCUAUGGUCGGUGGCUUCGGUCGAUAUACUUUCCUUCUGUACACAUUUAUGUGUAUAGUACCUCUGCCUAUCGGUUUGCAGCAGCUUGUUCAAGUUUUCUACGGCGCAACUCCAAAGUAUUCCUGUGCUGCUUUUUCGCAAACACAGGAGAAUAACACUUGCACAGUCCUUAAGGGUGGAACAUGCUGUGAAAAAUGCGCUGACUACAAUUUCACCGGUGGAUUCACUAGUGCAGUUACUGAGGUGAGAAGUUCGCACGUAUUCUUUAGCUCGGUACAGUAAAACCGGGGGAAACUCCCUGUGAUGGCCUAUACAGGCAGGCUCCUCCCGAAAAGGGUACCUUUAUCAGGGUUCUCGUAAAUAAAACGGUAGGGAUUUCUUGAGUUGAAGUAUAUGAGAAGGUAGGGAAAAUUAUCAUUUAGGUGUUUAUAGCCAAUGUACCGACGUCCCCCCUCCCACUCCUCCCGAUUUUUUUCUGAGGGAGAGGGACUUCUGUACACAUGCUAGGUGUUUAAAACGACUUUUAACUGAAACAUUUCUAACCGACGCACCGUUAGUUGGUAGGUGAAAGGGGGAUCAUUUCCCAGUGGAGAGUGUACGGAAGGGGUACUUUUUUCUGUUGAAAAUUGUAUAUAAAAAGCUCCCCGUAUGAAACUUUGUUGAUUAACCCUCUCCCCGGAUUUAUAGUAAACAAAAAUCAUAAGUUGAUUGUCGGAAACACUUUGACAUCUUUGUGUACCUUAUAACAUGAAAUUUUCGCGACACGUUGAUUUUGCAAAUUUCGCGACACAAAAAAAAUCGCGAAAUUAAUUUUACACGAUCAAGAAGUGUCGCGAACUUGAUAACAUGACACGAUAAUUAAGUGAUUGACUUUACGUUCAUAUUCAAGAAAGAACGAGUUUAUAACCAGUUAAAUGUUUACACAAUCACAUUUUUUACUUUUCUAAGGAAUUUUCAGUUUAAAUGGAUGUUGUGGUCAAUUGACUCAAGACGAUGAUUCACGUACAAGCAUGAACUGCUUGUGGACAUUGUGAGAACUGCUUUGUUGUUACUGUUGACAUUAAGUCUCGCUGUUGCGUUUUUCUUAAUUUUGACCUUACGUUCCUUUGAUAAAGUAAUUUUAUUUAAUUGAAGGAGAUGCUUAUAAAAUGUAAAUUGAAAUACUCAAAAACGUGAAAUUAAACUGAUUCAAAAUAUAAAAUUUUCGCAAAAUCGCGAAAUUUAAGUGUCACAAAUAAGCGCACAUCAAAAUCGCGAAAUAAACAUGUCGCGAAAAUUUCAUGUAAUAAGGUACUUAAUUCAGCUCUUAGGUAACGCUCGCACUGAAAUACUGAAACUCGACUGGACAAAAAACUCACUACGAAUGACCAGGGUUCAGUGAACUGAGAGAAUGGAAGGUGAAAGAAACAAUUGGGUGUCCAUUUCCUUUAAGUAAAAGUAAGAGACCUUAGGAAUUUUUCGCUUUAGUACCUUCAUAUUCUGGAUUUGCAUUUUUUUGUUGACUCUUAGAAGGGAAUUAUCAAGGCAGUCUUCAGUGAUUUUAACUCUUUUGUUCCUUUUAAGCGUUCUACUGAAUGUUAAUUCCAUACUUGACUUACAAAAAUAACUCAUGGAUAUAAAAACAUUUCUACAAAAAAUAAAACUGGAAUCCAUCGCAAUUAAUCAAAUAGAACAAUUUCAUUCGCGAAAUUGCACAAGGUAUGAUGACUGCAACAGCAGUGCAAUGGUGAAGCUGUGGGGAGGAUCCGGGGAGUACCGACACCUUCCCCCUUUGAAUUGGAACCAUCAAAGAGUUGUGAAACAUGCUUAAACUUAAAUUGCCACAGAAUGAUUGCAAACGAGUUUCAUCUAGUAAAGCAAAUUCUGAGUUCUGAUUGACUAUCCUAGCGGUUAAGAUGGGCGCAAUCUUACGCGGUCGCCAUUUCCCGCUUUGUCCCGCAACAAAAGAUUUUGUUUAGGCCAUAUCAUAAAUCUUAAUUGACCAUGAAUCUUGUUCUUGUUUCUUCCCAUUAAAUGCAAUAAAAGAACCUGCCCAGCGCAAUAUUAGGUGACCUCCACCUCAGACAAAUGAGGUGUCCGCCUUAAUGCUUACGAAAAGAAAGUAGAGAGUUUUAGAUCCGAGUUUACCGCAAACCUCUAACCGCGGUUUGCGGUUACCCGUCUGCGGUUCGACGGUCAAACAAAAUUCGAUUUAGAUUGGCGGUGGAUUAAAUUAAGGCCGCCAUUUUGAAUCAGCAGCCAUGAAUGGCACUUGUUUUCAAGAUCCAAUAGGAUUUAUAAAAUUUAGCAUUUCGCCCAAAUUUGUGCCUCUGUUAAUGGAUAAAGACUUGCUCCACAAGAUUUUUGUAUCAUUACGUGGGAUGAAACAAGAAUUAUACGCUAAAAGUGUUCAGGUAAAUGACAUACGUGAAAACCUAUCUCCCCACGUUGAAAACGCACGUCGUAAACCUCAAACGUGAAGCGAAAGACUUGUCACGUGACCUCCAGCGGUUAGAGGUUCGCUGUAAACUCGGAUCUAAAACUCUCUAAUGACUGUUUUACGAGAGGUAGAAUUUGAGCUGACAAAGUUGGCUGAAAAUUGACGUGGAAUUAAACUGCUUAAGCAUGGUACUGUUUGGUUUUCGUCAACAUUUUGCCAAAUGAAAUAUGUAGUGUUAUAUGAACUACCCUUAGAAAUCAUACAUUUUCCUUCUUUUUCUUCCUUAUAUCUUUUGUUUUCAGUGGGACCUAGUUUGCGAUAGGAAGAUUCUGAAAGCUAUGACCCAGUCCGUUUACAUGGCAGGAUUAUUAGUUGGUUCAGUUGUAUUCAGCAUUCUGUCUGAUCAUUUCGGCCGCAAGAUCGGAAUUUUUCUCAGUAUCUUUGUCAUGGUGAGUAUAUUGCACAUCAUCGGUCUAUACACGGCUGUUGUCGGCAAAACGGACAACAAAAUGUCCUAGUGUUUAGAUUGAAGAAUUCAGGUUGUUUCUCACCUUGGACGAAAGCAAGGAAAGGAUUGUCAUUUUGAAAAAUUAGUCUAAAUUUCAACGAGUAUCACUGUGUCAUUAUGUGUCGGACAAAUUGCUAAAUACUAUACAUUUCCUUAUUUCUUCCAUUUACUCACUAACUAUUCCUUUUGUGUUAAAGUUGCAGCUUGUAAAAGAGAGAAAGCAUUUUGUCAUAUUGUUAACAACCUUCUUUCAAGAAUUUUCAACGCAGUAUUACUAACUUAAUGCAACAGUUUUAUAGACAUUCGCAAACCACAAAGCCUCAUGGGAUGCGAAUGGCAAAACAGAAUCACUGUUUCUCUAUUGUGUAUACUAAUACGGCGCUAAAAAAAUGAUAUAACAACCGCAUCAAGCGUUUCAUUUUGCUACCUCAGUUACUGGUUUUCAGCAAAUCAAUCAGUGAUGACGGUUGAAACCUAGACAAAAUGUAUCUUUCGGCCUGCACUUUGGGUGCAUCAUUCCACUCACAGGCUUACUUCUGAAGGAUAAUAUUUAUGAUUUCGUUUUAUGUUAUAUUUACAGGUUAUUGGUGGUAUAGUAUCUGCUGUCGCAGACUGCCUUUCCCUUUUCUCACUCUUUCGUUUCAUAGCUGGAGCUGCUACAGUUGGCUGUAUCCUCGUUCGAUUCGUCUAUUGCAUGGAGAUUAUCGAGAUUCGUCAUCGCACUGCAGGAGGGUUUGUUAACAACAUUUUCGUAAGUGCUGGGUAUGCUGUACUGUCGCUCUUCGCUUAUCUUAUUCGUGAUUGGAAAUAUCUUAUGCUGGCCGUGUCUCUACCUGGACUGCCAUUGCUUCUAUGUUGGUGGUAAGGAUAUUUUCAACCUCACUUUUUUCAGGGGCGUAGCCAACUUUUUGGCUUGUUGUAAGCCUGGCUGACUGCGGUUGGAAUUUCAUUUCCACAUCAGGAUACUGAAAAAUGCUUGUUUAUAAUUUUGUUGAUUGCACACAUGACUAGUAUGCAGUGACCGGCCAACACCGUGACUUUGAGUCUUUGAUGAUCACUAAGAUGUUAAAAAGGUCGUUAUUGAAAAUAACACCCACAAGCAUACGUGUGAGUUAACAACAAUCACUUUAUAAUAAUAUGUAUACCUAAAGAUAACAUGUAAAUUGAAAUUCUAAAUAAUAUUAAAAAGAUAUCUAUUGAUAACACAUUUCUUGAACCAUUCAGUCCAAACAAGCUUUACAACGUAGUCAUGACCCUUGUGUCGUAGAUUCCGCGUACGAAUCAGGGAAGAAGAUCAUUUUAACAGUGAUUGUCAGUGGUCACCAAAUCUCUUUCUCACAUUAAAUCAGUUACAGGAGUGAACUUAGCAGUGUACCCAUAUUUGACUGCACGCUUACAAAACCUAUCUAUCAGAGAAACGUAUUUACUAUUAAAGGCACAGGCUCAGACUUCAGUAGCACAACUGAAUAAUAAUAAUAACCAAUAAUUUACAUUUAUAUAGCGCAAACCUCUAUAUGAAUAUAUUCGGUUUCGCUUUACAAUAUUGUUAUAUUAGAUUUAUGUUAAAGGUGACUAAAGCGUGAGAAACUAUUAAAAACUACAAUAAAAAGUAUUAAAAACUAUAAAAAACCUACAAUAAAAGCCAACAAUUAAAUCUAUGUAAAAGCUAAAUUAAAAAAAUGAGUUUUAACAGCAGUCUUAAAAGUGUCCCAUGUCUUCGUGUUGCGAAUUGCCGAAGGUAAUGCAUUCCAGAGAUAAGGUUAUUAUUAUUAUUAUUAUUAUUAUUAUUAUUAUUAUGAUCAUCAUUGUUAUUAUUGUUGUUGUUGUUGUAUUUGUUUUUUUCUUUUACAUAGCGUUGGCAAAAAUACAAUGGCAAUUAAAAGUUGAGCAAGAGUGGGUAUUAGCACAGAACCCCGGAGUUUCAUCAUAUUAUUACUUUUUUUCGUGUUUUCCCAACUUGUUGUUCUGCCUUGCAGUUAUAGGUAGGUGAAUAUCUCUUAGGAAGGCGAUGAGUGCUGUGAAGAGCUUAGAACCCCAACUACUACAGUGGCCAAUAUAACGUCUGGUUAAAGUCCCUUUAUUUGGCGUAUUUCCGCUUGGGGGUUCCCACCCCUUCUAUUGCAUCUCAUCCUCGGCCCUUAAAACAGCAAAGCCAUAUUUUCCAUAAAGAUCGUAUACCACCCAUAAUAUCAUUUGCCAUAUCUUCGUUUUUUGUUUAUUUUUGCAAGGAUUAUUCCAGAGUCCCCUCGCUGGUUGAUCGCGAAAAAUCGUCUGGACGAAGCUCAUGAGCUGCUGAUGAAAUACGCCAGGAAAAAUCGAGUUAAUAUCGACUCAGCACAACUCAAACAGGCCAUUCAAGAGUUUAAGAAGGAAGAGGAUAGAAAUCGGAAUCAGAUUAGGAAAAACUACGGUAUUCUGGACAUGUUCAGAACCAGAAGGCUCAGAAAAAGGUCUUUAAUUUGUGGAUUUAAUUGGUGAGUUUACAGGCUUUACAGCCUGGGAGUCUUUCAUAUCUUCCUGAAAUCCCUUUCUGUAAGCUUCCCAGGUGACAAAUACAACGAAUGUUUUUGUAACAAACCUUCUAUGAAAUUCAAAAUGUAUUAUAACUGUAUACUUUCUUGCAUUAUUAUUUCAACGUCGAUCGAGUAAUGCUUUCCCGACUCUUUAGAAGUCAUUGAAAGCGGUUUGUUACAAUCGAUGGCAAAAUUAGUGGUCUGGUAUAUUCAAGGAACAUAACAAACUUGCCACCUCUCGAACUCCUUCACACUGGAAAUGGCUUGUUUCGUGCAUUCAAUCUAAUCAGUGGUACAACAUUUCUAUACCUCUGUACCAUAAUAGAAUGAGCGCAAUUUUCUCUUCUUUUUAAGAUUCGGAAAAAAACGAGAGACAGAGUGUUUCAACGAGUUUCGAACACCGAUGGUUAUUCUUACGAACGCUGCUAUUCUUUCUAAAUUUGAACAAAAACGCUUCUUGGAUAACGAAUUGCAGCUUAGUCAAAGUAAAUUCAGUAUAACUUUCUCGCACUGGGCUGGUCCCUUCAAACUCUUAUGAGGCAGACGUAGUGUUUUAGGAAUGGUGCUCUACAUUCGCGAUCGGUGAUCAUGGCUUUUUGCGUCUUUGAUGAAGUGCUCCGGUCUCUGUUUAUCGUCCGAUUAACCUUUUUUUUUUUAACAUAGACCAUAAUGCAUUCCCCUCAGCAGUAAAGGCAGGGUCUGUGAUCGUAAGUGAGACCGUGCUGGCUAUGCCAUGUUGAUGAGUCCUAACAAGGACGAAACAGCUGUCCAUGGCUCCCACUGCCGGGGCGAUAUGGCUGUGCGCAUGCGUAAGGUACUAGCCAUACCGCGGAGUUGGUAGUAUGUGCCUCAGUUCAUAUUGUGGUCUUAUAAUGCACCUUGUUUACCCCCCUCCCUACAAAAACAACGCAUAACCAUUGUCUUCGAUUUCUCUUGGGACUACUGCAAUACCCAGGAGGAAUUGGAAACAAUGGUUGUGCAAAAUUCGAAGGCAAACAAGGUGCAUUAUGGUCUAUGUGAAAAUGGUGAAUAGUGACGACAGAAUGAAAAAGAAUGUAGAAUAUCCCUGAAACUUGCUCGUUUUGAAACCUCACUCUUUUUUCUCCUCGUUGAUGUCUUUGAGCUCUGCUCCGUACAGAUUCAUAUUAUCCAAAAUUAUUUCCCAGAUAUGAAGAUGGCGUUACCGUUCUACCCGGUAGCCAAGCCGUUUCUCCAGGGUAAGAUGCAAGGUGGCCGUAGUUACGGCAACGAGCACGUGCAAUUUACCCGUACUCAUAAAAAGAAUGGUAUAUCUUAACUGGAUCUCUAAUAUCUAAUACCAGUACUGUUUUCUUACAGGUUUGUGAACGCUUUGGUGUUCUUUGGUAUAAGCUUGAAUGUGGGAAACUUAGCAGGAGACAUGUACCUAAAUUUCUUCAUCUUGAGCGUCGUUGAAGUUCCAGGAGCAUUGCUAAUUUGGUUUUUUAUGUCUAGGUAUUAUCUGUGAUUAGGAUAUAUUUUCUGGUUUAAUUUUAUCGUGGUUUAAAAUUUUAUUUUCCUUUGUUUUAAACUCGUAAUCAUUGCCAGCAUACUCAAAAAAGGAAAGCAAGCCAAGGAUGAAUUGGAUACGGGAAAUUGGACCGCAACGACUAAUUCCAAUAUAUCUUCCAUGAGUACUUUUACUGAAAUUAUAUCAAGUAUAUUACCCCUCUUACACUUCCACACGGAAAACAUCUAACUGGAUUUGUAUAAAGUGCUUUACUUUGUAUACCGUAAAAGAUGAGCUUCCAAAGGAAUUUGUGGUCCGUUGUUUUGAUAGUUGAUUCAAUUUUUUUUGUAAUACCAUGAUUCAUAAUGGUAAUAGGACUGAGUGGAACCCAAUUCGGUCUGUAAUCAUACGAGUGACUAACAAAAUAGGACGAACGCGUAACGGGAGUCCGAUCAUCCUCGUUCCCAGGUUCUCUCUCCUAUCCUAUUCGCUCUGUAGGGACGGAUUGGAGAGAACCCUGGGAACGAGAUUGGAUUCCGAUUUGUUUAAAUCACCAGUAUAAUUACUGACCGAAUUGGACGACACGAAGUUCUGCUACCAAUUCAUCAUAACUAAAACAAAUUCUGUGAUAUUUUAAGCUUUUCUAAAAUUAAAAUACAGAAUAUUCCAAUAGUUUUUUUUUGUCUAGAAGUGAAAAUAAAAAAACCCAUUCAAGUGCGCGCGAUGGCGCGUGCUGUCCAAUUACUUAGACUUGACUGGUACCAUCCUAUUAGUGCUGAAAUCAGGACAGCUGAUAGCCCAUCAGAUUUGAGAAUUUUGUUUUAGUUAUGAAUAAAUGGAAUACGACAAGACAAAGUCAAUUUAUGAAAAUGAAGAAAUGAUCGUCGCAGUGAACGCAAUUUAUGCAAUGCGUAAGGAAGCCUGAAAAAAUUCAGGUUUGAAUUUCUGAAUUUUUUCAGGCUUCUUUACGCAAUUGCAUAAAUUUCGUUCACUGCGACGAUCAUAUCUUCAUUUUCAUUUCAUUUCAUUUCCGCAGUUCAUAUAUGAUUUAUUUCAUAUAUCAUUAACAAAGUCAAUUUAGUUUACCAAACUUUUUACUAGUAGGUGGUAGAUUUCUGGUAAUCGUUACAAUUGAUGCUUACUUGUCUGAAAGAUUUCAAAAUAUCGGUUCCUUCGAUAAGUUCAGUUUCGUCUGUGGCGCAGGCUAAUACUGCUUUGGCAAGUUGAGAGUGCGCUCAAAGUCCACUUUUUUUGUGCAACUUUCGAGAUCGACCGUUCGACAGCUUAGACCCAAAGUCGGCCAUCUUGAUUACGUAAGGAGAACGAACUCUGUACGAGUGCUAAUUGCCAUGGUAUAUCUUUUUGUAUCGACUUUUUAGAACCUUGUCUUAUACCUCUAAUGAUGACCGGAAAGGAAUGAAUAUCGAAAUUGGAUAUCGUAAAAUUACCCUCACUCUGACUAUAGAAAUCACAGAGGAUCUUUCUCCGGCUAUUUUCGUGCGCUCUUCACGAGGCUGCUGUCCUGCCCUCAGGUUGUGGUACAGCAUGCAUGAUUUCCUGGACUUUGGAUAACAGAUGUCUUAGCCACGAACCUUAAUUGUAACUAACGACAUUCAUUUUUUUCCAGAUUUGGUCGUCGUAUCCCGUACGCGUCCUUUAUGAUCAUUGGAGGACUGUCAGGAAUGCUAGUGCUGGCUGUUCCCAAAGAUGAAGGUAUAUUAAAAAGUUGCACUGAGUGCUAUAGCUACGUUAUCACAGAGAAAACCUUAAUCUAGUAAAAGAUUGCGGAGAGCAGACGACAACGGUCGAAGAUCAAAACGCUUUUGCUCCAUCGCUGUGCUUUGCGUGAUCAGAUUACGAAUGAUAGAAGCUCCAAACGCGCGUGAUCAAAUUGUGUUUUGUGCAUCCAUUAAUUCUUAGUGGAAGUCCAAAUGAAUGCUGGCUACAUACAUGCGACGCAUGCGCAAUAACAACCUGGAGAUUAGGAUUGCGGGCUCCUCUUGUCGCCCGUAAUCAUGUCGUUUAUAGUACGAGUAUACAAUCAAACCUCUCUACAAAGGCCAUUAAGCGGGGACUGAGGUAAGUAGCCGUUGACGGGAGGUGACUAUUUUGGAAAGGGUGUACUAGGACACCAAAUUUUGGGGGGAACAGGGUAGAGUUGUUUUAUAAAGAACAAUGCUAAUUAUGGCAUAUUUAUGCAUAAAACAAUCAAAAUAUGUCUGAAUAAAACAGAAACUAGCUAUUUAGAGCAAAAGUGUCAACAAAACAAAGAAAGUCAUGUAUACAAUGAGUGCGUUUUCAAAUUGUUGGCUUUAAAUUUACCUUUGUGGAGUUAGAAAGCACAGUCAGUGGCUGUCGUCAAGCCGACGUUAAAACAAGUGUGAAGCUAUGGAUUUUCUGCCAUUCAACGGCUUGCUAUCCUUUGACAGCAGAACUAAGUUUUAUAAGGAAAUGUUCUCUUUUUUCUAUUACUUUUUAAGAAUUACGGUUUAUUGUUACCAUACUGGCUGUUAUUGGCAAGGCCUGUAUCUUAGCAACAUUCCUGGGGAUUUAUGUCUUCACUGUGGAACUGUAUCCUACCAUUAUUAGGUAAGAAAACUUAAAUUUAUCGUUCAUGAUGCCGCGGCAACCUGCCUUGCGAACAUAGCAGUGAUGUCGCUCCUAAAUGGGGUGGGGAAGGUUUUUCUUUCUCCCUUUCCUUUAAUAAGUCAAAAUAACACCAUUAAAGUAAAUACCCUUGUUUUUAUAGUUUUGGCCCCCUAUGCCAAGUCUCUUGCCACAAGGCUACAUGGCACUUCUCCUGCAACACCGGACAACAUGAGAAGUGUCCAGGCCACAACCUAUCGUAUCUCAACGACGUAAAGUAAAAGGGAUAGUUAUGGCGAUAUCUUAUAACUGUUUAAGAUAUUUUGCACGCCUCUGUAUAACACCAAGAAUAUUUAAAGCAUCCUAUACUAGAGAAUAUUGCGUUCGGAGUGACAACACUCUAAGGCUCGAUUUCCGCCACUUUCUCGUUCGGGAUAGGAUCGCGGGCUCAUUUCCCGACCAGCGGCUGGUAAUCGAGCCUACAACACUAUAUAAAAUUUUAAACCCCGUCGGUUGCUCCCACGAGGAGAAAUCACCAUCCAGUAUAUAGAUACAACAAAUUGCUGUAUCCGAUGAGCCUGUGAACAGGCUCCCAAGAGGUGGAUAGGGCGCAGAGAAAGCUAGAAAGGUGGGUUGAGCUAGGAAAAGGGAAGAAAGGUAGGUAUUACCCUAGCAAGAUACCGCGCAUGCUCAACAAAGAUCGGUUACUCGAUAGAAUCUUUCUCGAGUACGCUGGUAGCGUGAACAACAGUAUAUCUUUUAAAAACAAUAAGGGCCUAAAUCUAACAAAAGUUCACCUUCAAACGUUUUCGAGUAGACGAGCGAAGAAAACGAAAUAGUCUCAAAUGUUUCUGAAAAUGAUAGUUUGUCAGGGUGUUAAGUUAAAGUAAGGUAGUUUAAAACAACAAGUAUAAUGAACAGUUGUCUUUUUCCGGAUAUCCUCCGGUGUAAGAACCUGUAAAACCCAUGGGUGACGUAAACAAGGAAGACAACGACGUCAACACAAUAGAACCUAUGAAAACAAAAGGUGCAAAACAAAAAACAAGUUUACGGGUUCUCACACGGAGGCAAACCCUCUUUUUCCUUUCUAGGAAUACUGGCAUUGGUGUGUGUUCUAUGAUGGCUCGUUGUGGCAGCAUAAUAACGCCAUUCAUCGUGUUAUUGGUUUGUACUUUCGACACUUUAAUUUCACAUGCAGAGAGAACCACAAUAUAUGAUUACCUACUUUUAAACAGCUGCUAUGUUUUAAGCACUGAAAGCAUUUUUCUUCAGUAUCAUAAUAUCAUAAAUCCGUAGCCUGAUAAUUACGGAGAGGAGGAGUUUGAUCGACUCGGUCUACAGCCCUGGAUGUCUGUAUGCGACUCCGAUUUUCCUGGCCUCCACACAGGCAGGUCGGAAUUGUUUUGCUAUUACAUGUUAUUAGGUGAUUUACCCACCAGAAGGCGUAGCAAUUAAAACCAUGCGCAGUCUUAAAAGAAGUCUCGAAACAUGAACUGAAUAUGGCCCUUCUGUAGCUAUAAUUUUCUCUUAUCCAGGCUGACCUUCCAAUCAUCAGCAAAACACUACCGCUGGUCAUUUUUGGGAUACUGGGGAUUAUCGCUGGCAUUAUGGCGCUCUGGCUACCUGAGACACUUUACAGUCCCAUGGCCCAGACCGUGGAGCAGGCGGAAGACUGGGACGAGGACUAUAAGAUAUAUUGUUGCAGACGUAGGCCCGUAAAGGAAGAAGGGGACAUUCUGUUAAUGGUCAGAGAAGAGGUCAAUGAUAAAGGACAAACACCACCAAUACACGUUACAGUUCCAACAGAGCAAAAAAAAGAUAGCACAGAUUAG